CCUCAAUUUUUGAAACAACGAAGAAGAAAACAACUUUGUGUAUUUCCGGUUAGAUAAGAUGGCUCAGGGCUCGAAGAAGUUUAAAGCUCAGCGGCCUGGAGCCUCUAAAAAACACCAACAAAACAAGCAGAAAGGACCGAAGAAAGGAGGGAGGAUCAUUGCACCUAAGAAGGCUCAAGUGGUUCAGCAGCAGAAGCUGAAGAAGGGUCUAGAGGUUGCCAUCAGGAACAAGAUUGAGCAGGAAGUGACGCAGAAGGCAAGCUCAUCCCUUCACAAGCCACUGAGUGUGGUUAAAGGGGCUGAAGGUAAAGGCAACCCAGGAGCAGCCCGUCCAGGAACCAGCUCCAAUUAGGACAUGAUGCACAGACCUGAGGCUGAGCGUGCUAAACUCAAGGACUUAGUCACAGGGUCAAUGAACGACAUUGAUCCUGUGACUCAGAUUUAAGAUACACGCCAGCUGUCCUGUGGCUUUUGAUUCCUGAAUGUUUCAGCCGACUUCAGGCAUGUAGAAGUAGUCAGAAACCUUCUUGUACAGAUGGAUGUUAGUAGUUUUACAGUUUACAAAUGAAUGUAUAAAAUAAGAGACGUGGUAGAUGUGAUGUGUGUCACAGGGUCAUGGGAAUUAUAUACACCUCCACUAGGGGGCACCACAGGACAUUAUUGACUCUCAUGGAGUUUCAGAUUUGUUUGCUUGUUUAAAAAUCCUGAUUGAAAACAGAACAUAAGAAACCAUGAUUUUAUGAGCUUUGGAUUGUACCACCCUAAAACAGGUUUGUAUCAUUCCUAUUGUAUGAUUGUACAGAAAACAACAAAUAAUCAGAGUAAAAAAAUGUGAGUCUUAAACCUGUCACUGUCAAAGACCCUUUAAGAUAGAUAGGUUCAUGACACUUGUGUAAAUCAAGUGUAAAUCACUGUCUCUGUGAUUAUUUUAUUGGUCAUGAUUUUAGAAUAACAGAAGACUUCAGCUACAUCAAGGCUCAGGGAGGUGCUGUUGCACACGGACAGUGUAGACAAUCACAGGUGGCUUCCCAACAUAAACCCAUAUAUAUUAGUUAGAAAUGGUGACAUGGAGAGCUCAGUCCAACAGUCCUUAAAAUGUCUUAACACCUUUUUUUAAUAAAAGGCCUUAAUAUAUAAUCUAUGCUUAAUAUUGAAUGGGUCUUAAAUGAUUUUUGUCAUGUCACCCCACAAAUUUCCAGUGUUGCGUCGAAGCCUAUUUAACACUGACGGUGUGUGCUACGCAUUUUAACAAGAGGGAAACACCAUUCGCCAGGGGAACAGACUUCAAAUCAACAACAGCAUGAGCGCAGUGGCCCUAUUUUCACUCUGUUUAUGAAUACUGAAGUAAAGUGUAAGUACGUAAAAAUUGUACUCAAAGGUUUACUAUGUCGGAUUGUUGUUUGUUUGCAAACAUGCUCACCAACCACAGAGUGUAUCUGUGCUAUAUUUGCAGAGGGUAUUUUUUUGUCAGUCUGGCACCUGGUCACCACCUUUUUAUAAAGCUCUUAUCUCACACAAGGGCUGUGAUAUACACACACAUAAAUGUCCCGAUCACAGAAUAUAAAAAAAUACAGGCAGGGUCUUUACAGAGAAAUACGGCGCCACACACUGAGAGCGGGUCAAAAGUGAUGAUUAAGAGGGAUUACUUCUGUAUGAGUCUAUACAUUGUUUUUUCUUUUGUAAGGGAAAUCCUGCAUAGUACCAUAUAUUUUAUGUAUAUUACUUAAAUAAAUGUACUCAAUUACA